GGCCUAUUAAUGACACCUGGUUUACAACAAACCACUUGCCACAAUAACAAAUGUAGUGCUUAUACCCCGAGUAAGGGUAACAAGAGCACACUGAUGGCUUUACUAGCUGUAAUUGUGCUUUUUGUUGCAAUAUGCUGUAGCAAAUUAUCAGUUGAAGAGCCCUUGUCCUCUAAUGAAGCCAAUAGUACAGACACCACUUAUGGCUUUGUAGCCUGUGUGAUUUCAGUGCUGUUGUAUGGAAGUUGCUUCGUUCCUGUUAAAACAAUUGAUACCGGCGAUGGAAUGUUUUUUCAGUGGAUUUGCUGUUCAGCUAUAUGGUUUGUCGGACUGGUUGCGGACACAUUGUUUCACCCCUCCAGAGCCCAUCCUGCUGCUAUGCUCGGAGGAGCACUUUGGGCCACUGGAAAUAUAACAGCUGUCCCAGUUGUGAAGUUUAUUGGCCUCGGACUUGGAAUUUUGCUUUGGGGAUCCAGUGGAUUGCUAAUUGGAUGGGCAAGCUCAAGGUUUGGCUGGUUUGGUCUGCAUUCAGAGGAAGUAUCCAAGCCGAUACUCAAUUAUUGUGGAGCAGGCCUUUGUCUGCUAAGUGCCAUCAUAUUCUUCUUUGUGAAAAGUGAUGUUCAGAAACGUACAUCUACUGAAUCCAUGCCUUUGUUGAUUGAUGAUAGGAGGUUGAAUCCAGACAGCACAAGCCCCAGUGAAUCAUGGGUGGACACAAUUUCACCAAAGAGCAAAAGAGUGCUUGGCUGCAUCUUGGCCAUAUUUUCAGGUGUCUUUUAUGGUUCUUCUUUUGUGCCCAUUUUCUAUAUUAAAGUCCAUGGCUUGACCAAUUCUAGCAUGUUCACUGGAUCCAGUCAGAAUGAAACUGACUACUGCUUUGCCCACUACAGUGGAAUUUUCCUCAUGAGCACAGUGUAUUUUAUUGCUUACUGUGCAGUCAUGAAGAACAGGCCUCGGAUUUAUCCCAAAGCCAUCUUACCUGGUUUUUUGAGUGGCCUGAUGUGGGGAUUAGCCACAUAUGCCUGGUUUAUGGCAAAUUACUACCUUAGUGCAGUGAUCACAUUCCCUAUAAUUAAUGCUGGUUUUGGCUUAGUAGCUGCUCUGUGGGGAAGUGUGGUAUUUAAAGAGGUCAAAGUAGGGACUUGGGAAUUUGCUGCUGUUUGCUUUGGCAUCUUGUGUUUUCCUGGCAGCCUCCCUGUUAACAGCAUAUUCAAAGAGCUGAUUCUGUACGUUAUGUUACCACAAGGUGGCAAUGGUAGAUCAAGCUUUAAAACAAUGUUCCUGCCAAACUUUUGUGUAUUUGUUGUAUUUAUUUAACUGAGUCUGAGGCUUUUCAUGAAGGUCCCUGUAUUUUCUGAACAGUGAUUUGACAUGAUAGACUGGACAAGCAUUUAUAAGUGUAUAUAGUCAAGAGCACAGUCUAAACCUCUACAGUUCUAAAUAAUACAAUCCUGAUG